AGAGGGAGAAGGAUAUAUUGAACUCAUGGUGUGUUGGUGUUAGUUUGAGUGUGAUCAAUUAAAAGUUAAGAAUGGAAGCAGCAUCUGGUUUAGUUCCCUCUGUGCAGGAAAUAGCAAAGGAGGCAUUAGCACAAGUUCCACACCGUUAUGUUCGUCAUCAGCAUGACCGUCCAAUCUUCACCACCUCCACUAAUCCUCAUGAUUUGCCUCAAGUUCCAGUCAUUGACAUGGCCAAAUUGUUGUCACAACAUCACAGGGAACCUGAACUGCAGAAACUGCACUAUGCUUGCAAAGACUGGGGAUUCUUUCAGCUGAUUAAUCACGGAGUGGAUACUUCAUUAUUGGAGAAUGUGAAGAAAGGUGCUCAAGAUUUCUUCAAUCAGCCAGUGGAAGAGAAGAGGAGGUUUGGGCAGAUAGAUGGAGAUGUGCAGGGAUAUGGUCAGGCCUUUGUAGUCUCUGAUGAACAGAAACUAGACUGGGCUGACAUGUUCUUCAUGUUCACCCUGCCACAUCAGAUCAGAAAGCCCCACUUGUUCCCAAAGAUUCCCCUACCAUUCAGAGAUUAUUUGGAAGACUAUUGCGGAGAAAUGGAAAAGCUUGCAGUGAAAAUGCUUGGCCUUAUGGCUGAUGAUCUUUCUAUACACCCCAUGGAAAUAAGGGACAUGUUAGGUGAAGCUGAGCAAUCACUAAGGAUGAACUAUUACCCGCCGUGUCCGCAGCCGGAGCUUGCCAUGGGACUGAGUUCUCAUUCUGAUGGUGGUGGCCUCACCAUACUUCUUCAAGCCAAUCAAGUUGAAGGCCUCCAAAUUAAGAAAGAUGGACUCUGGAUUCCUGUUAGGCCCCUGCCUAAUGCAUUCAUCAUUAACAUUGGGGACAUGUUGGAGAUCAUAACGAAUGGAAUCUAUAGCAGCGUUGAACAUCGAGCAACGGUUAACUCAGAAAAGGAGAGGCUUUCCAUAGCAACAUUUUACAACCCUGCUUUAGAUGCUAUUAUUGGUCCCGCACCAAGCCUUGUUACUCCUGAAACACCGGCAGCGUUCAAGAGAAUCGCCGCCGGGGAGUACUUCAAAGGAUACCUCUCACAAGAACUGCGUGGGAAAUCAUUCCUUGAUAGCAUUAGGAUCCCAACUGGAAAGUGAGGAAAUCUCUUACAAGCUCAUAUUAUGUAAUAAGAACACUGAUAAUUGUGUAUGUUGAUUGUUCAUGAUAAAAUUGCGGCUACUCUUAUCCUUA